AUGGGAGACGGGGGAUGGUUGUGGUCCUGCUAAUGCAAACAACAAAACGGGCACAUUAGGCGCCCCGGACAGAGGCGAUCACCACUGUGACUGUUGGCCAAAGCUACAGAAGAAGCGAGAGUGUCAAAGCCGAGAGCAGCGACAUUGGUAGCCGCUUCACCUGCCUGCUGGGGCGGCAGAAGUGAGACGGCUGAGGACUGGAAGGAUGGUGCAGUCCUGUUCCGCCUACGGCUGCAAGAACCGGUAUCAUAAGGAUAAGCCUGUUUCUUUUCACAAGUUUCCUCUUACUCGACCCAAUCUUUGUAAAGAAUGGGAGGCAGCUAUCAGAAGAAAAAACUUUAAACCCACCAAGUAUAGCAGUAUUUGUUCAGAACACUUUACUCCAGAUUGCUUUAAGAGGGAGUGCAACAACAAGUUACUGAAAGAGAAUGCUGUACCCACAAUAUUUCUUUGUACUGAACCACGUGACAAGAAGGAAGAUCUGGAGCCACAGGAACAGCCUUCCCCACCUCCUUUAAAACCUCCCAUUUCCCAGGUUGAUGCUGCUAUUGGAUUAUUAAUGCCUCCUCUUCAGACCCCUGAUAAUCUCUCAGUUUUCUGUGAUCACAACUAUACUGUGGAGGAUACAAUGCACCAGAGAAAAAGGAUUCAAGAGCUAGAACUGCAAGUCGAAAAACUCAGAAAGAAGCUCAAGACUGCACAGCAACGAUGCAGAAGACAAGAACGACAGCUUGAAAAAUUAAAGGAGGCCAUACACUUCCAGAAAGAGAAAGACGUACCGGAGCGAGAGAGAGGAAGAGAGAGGGAUAGAGAGAUAGAAACAUCGAUGAGAGAGAAUCAGUUGCCUGCCUCCUGCACGCUUCAAGCUCACAACCCUGGCGUGUGCCCUGACGGGGAAUCGAACCAUGACCUGGGUUCAUGGGUCAAUGCUCAACCACUGUACCACACUGGCCGGGCCAUAAUAUGGUAGGUAAUCUUGAACUUAACUAAUUGAUUUUGGUCAAGGCUUCACAUAAAAAAUGAUUUCUUCACUUUUACCAUAAAUUAGAAAUUAUAUCUCACUUAAAUGAUUUAUAUACAAAAGCAACUUAAUAUGUAGAGUUUAUUUUCCUGAAUGUUGAGAUUUAAACACUGAGGUUUCUGUUCAAACUGUGAAUUGUAUUCUGACUUUGUGAUAAAUUUUGCAUAUAUUUGAAAUGAAAUAUGUUCUGAGUAAAGAAAUACUGCCAUAGCAUGUACCUACUUAGAUUUAAAGUAACAGUUUCAACUAUAAUUAUUUUAAAUUUCAAAGUACACUGAGAUAGUUGAAGAAUAACAGACCUUUUAAGACAGUAUUAAAAAUGAUGCUCAAAGUGUUUUUAUAGACCUAUUUUUCAGUGUAAUUCACUGCAAGGCUGCCAAUAGAUAGUACUUUGAUUCAUGGAGAUUUGAUCUUUGAUGAACCAGUAUUUCAAAAACAGAACAUUUUGAUUUGAAGAUUACUUGAAGCUAUUUAGUCUGAUAAUAUUUAGAACUAAUUCUAAUGAAUCACAACAUUUUCCAGUUGUAAAGUCUCCAUUUCAUCUCUCUAGCAAUUCUUGGAGGAUAUGUGGAUAAAUAUUUUGUUUUUAUAUAAAUUGUUGUCUACAUAAAAGAAAAUCUGUGUGUGUGUGUGUGUGUGUGUGUGUGUACACAUGGGCAUAUGCGUGUGUACAUGCAGGCAUGUGUGUGUGUCCAGAAUGAAGAAUCCAACAUUGAAUUGUAAAAGUGAUGAUGAUAAUUACUAAACAUCUUAGCAUUAUGACUUAACCUGGAACUAUUUUCUUUUCAUGACAGACAUAAAUCCAUGCUUGGAGAGAGCUGAGCAAGAAACAUGUAUACCAACUGUUUGCAUAUAAAUAAUAUGUCAGUUUAACAUAGGGAUUUUGAGGUACAGGUGCUUAUUUCUGAAUUUAAGAUGUAACAUUUGUUGAAUGUUUUAAAAAUUCAUUUUGUCUAUUAUUUAUAACAUUGCCAAGAAAAGGAUAACAUUUAGGCUAAAAUAGGUCCUGUUCAAACAUAGUGAAACUCAUUCUAAAACAGGGACAAGAUUUCAAUCUGAAACAAAUUGGGAGAGGGCUUGUGAACUGCAGCAUAUUCUGAAAGGUAACAUUUAUUUUAGCAUAUAGCAACACACUAAAAUAUCCACCUGUGUGUGACAUAAUCUAGCUAUAAUUAAUGGGGAGAAGAAAUAAUUGUUUCUUAAUAGAACUGCUAGGAAAACAAUAGAGUUUUAGAAUUAGAAGGGACUUAGAAAUCAUUGAACACUAGCCCAACCUCUAAACCCUGGAAGAAAUUUCCUUGUAAAAUAUUGCUGGCAGUUGUCAUCUGUUCUUUCAUUGCUGUUUACAUUUAAUCAGUUCUGCUUAGAUUCUUUAAAUUGGGUUUUGGGAUUAGGAUAGAAUUAGUUGCCACUUUUUAUACUUGUUUAUAAUAAAAAUAUAAACUUCACUUUGAACUGCUGCAUAGUUGAACUGUCAAAUUCUAAAUUACAGAAUUUUGAAUUUUUGUAAAAUAAUUCAAAUGUUUACUAAUUGUUACAUCUGUUAUGUGUGCUAAAAAUAUUUCUGCCAUUGAAGUAAAAAACAGUGGGGUCUAAAAUGACUAGCACAACUUUUCACUUGGAAAUCCAAGAACAUGAAAUUACUUUCCUUUAUAAUUUGUGUAAUCCCUUUCUUAGCAGUAUAAUGAUAAUGGUGAAGGCAAAUAAAAGUUUCACUUGAAUGUACGUUUUUUAGGUUAAAUUAAUGUGGACUUUUUUAGGUUAAAAUUCUCUGAUCACUUGAGUUAUCAAAAAAAUUGUACACACAUGCACAAUACCCAACACCUGUGGCUUUUAUAAAACCAGUAGUAAGUGACAUAAAGUAAUGUAUUUAAAAGUC